AUGGGUGACACAGCCAAAACUGCAGAUACCAGCAACGCUGCAAAAGCUAGGAGGUCCAUUUUGUUGUCUCUAUCAGCUAAGAAGAAACUUGGGUUUAUCAAUGGAGCAUGCAAAUCUCCAGAUCUGAGUUCCCCAGAUCAAGAACAAUGGAGCUGUGUCAAUGACAUGGUGAUUUCCUGGAUUCUAAAUGCCCUUUCUAAGGAUAUCACAGAUAGUGUGAUACACUCCAAAACUGCGAAGGAGCUUUGGGAUAGCUUGGAGCAGAGAUUUGAAAAAUCAAAUGGAGCCAAGCUAUAUCAUUUGCAAAAAGAGAUGUCGGGAUCAGUGCAAGGAAAUAGUGAUAUUGCAGGAUACUUCACUAAACUCAAACGAUUGUGGGAUGAAUUGGAUGCUUUAAAUGUUGUCAUAUGUUGUUCUUGUGUCUGUACUUGCGAAAGAAAAGCCAAAUUAACAAAGUCACUUGAAGAUCAGAGGUUGAUUCAAUUCCUAAUGGGAUUGAAUGACAUCUAUGCACAAGCAAGAGGAAACAUACUCAUGAUGAAUGCUUUGCCUAGCAUAGAUGUUGCAUAUUUUCUUUUCUUGCAAGAUGAAAAUCAAAGAGAGGUUUAUGCAAACGCACAUUUCAACUCAGAUUCAUUGUCAUUUAUGGCAGCAGGAGAAGUGAAACAACCUAAUGCACAACUUUUAGCUGAUUUUGCAGCUUUUAUGGUGACAGGGCAGGGGAGAAACUUUCAGAAAAACAGGAACCAAGCACAAAGAACAGCAACAAUGGGAACAAAAUAUAAUAAUUCAGGACAGAAGUUCACCAAACCACAGCAGAAGUUUAAGGCAAAGAAGAGGUACAAUCCAAAUGUGUCUUAUGAUUUUGAGUUUACCAAUCAAAAGAACUAUCAAAAUCAGAUCAAGACAAAUGCAGUUCUGACACAUGAAGAUAAUGAAAAUCAGACAGGACAGAAUACUGAAAACAACAACAAUUUUGGGCAACAACUUAACAAGGAACAACUUGCAGAAAUGGUAAGCAUGUAUAAGCAGGCAAAGUUGGCACAAGCAGGAAAUUCAGGAAUCAAUGCUAAUGCAGUUGCUGGUACUAUUCUAAAAUACUCAGGUUCAGUGUUUACCACUCUAAAUUCUGACACCUGGAUCAUUGAUUCAGGUGCUUUAGAGCAUAUGUGUUUUGAUCCCAAUUCUUUCUUAUUUCUAACUCAACUUCAUGUUCCUUUGAACAUCAAUUUACCUAAUUCCUUCAAGGUCCUUUCAAUGAAGAGUCCACAAGCUUUUGGUGAAGUUAGAGAGGGACUCUACAUAUUGGAACCUAGUAAUCUUAAGUUUAAGGGUAUAUUCAGUAGUAAUGUAUCUUCAAUUCAAAAAGGAAGAAAUUUUAUUUCAGAGUCUAUGUCUUUUUCUAGUCCUGUUCAUGUUAAUGCUAUUCCUGAUGUUAAACUUUGGCAUGUAAGAUAUUUUCUUACUAUAGUAGAUGACUAUAGUAGAGGAACAUGGGCAUUUUUGUUGUCUUCUAAGAGCAAUGCAUUUUCCAUGCUUAAAUCUUUCUUGUCCAUGGUUGCAAGACAGUUCAAUGCAAAUGUGAAAAUGAUAAGGUCUGAUAAUGCUCUAGAAUUGGGGAAAGGGACACAAGAAGCAACUUUUCUUGCUUCAGAAGGAAUUGUGCACCAGGUGUCUUGUGUAGCAACACCUCAACAAAAUGGAAUUGUUGAGAGGAAACAUAGACAUAUCUUAGAAAUUGCUAGAGGUCUAAUAUUUCAAUCCAGGCUGCCUAUGUCAUAUUGGGGUGAAUCUAUUCUGAUUGCCACACACAUUAUUAAUAGGUUGCCUUCUAAUGUUCUUCAAGGAAAGACACCAUAUGAGGUCCUAUUUCAUCACAAACCCAACAUCAUGUUCACGGAUUUAGCCACAACCUGUUUUGCUCAACCCUGUCAACCUACUGAGUACUGUUUUUCAUCUCUCUCACCUAAUAACCAACAUGUAAUGCAAUCCCUUUAUACCCUAACAGAACCUUCUACUUUUAGUCAGGCUUGUCAACAUCCAGGAUGGAUAAAAGCUAUGAAUGCAGAAAUUAAAGCUCUAGAAGACAACCACACGUGGGAUGUGGUUGAAUUACCUAAAAGGAAAAGAGCUUUACCUUGUAAAUGGGUGUACAAGGUAAAGCACUUAUCAGAUGGCAGAGUUGAAAGGUUGAAGGCAAAGUUGGUGGUCAGGGGGAUAUUCAAAGAGAAGGAAUAG